GACCGCAACAUCAACAUGGACACGAGCUGAGGGAGGCUGACGUGAUGGAGCUGAAGUGAGCCGAUGUGUGAGGCAGGUUAGAACAUACAACGCUAUCUUGAAGUGUGCGGUGGGUGGAGUUAAUGCUGAGGAUGCUUUGGUAAUAGGAGAAGUUGUCGCUUUCACACAUCGAAGCCAUGCGUAAUAAGUGUGACCGCCGCCGGUGAGGAGGAUGCUAGAGCAUGAAGCAGGAGCAGACAUGCGACUGGUCCGUCAGAUCAACACAGGUAUGAAGAUCCAGGCCGGGGGCGAUCACAUAGGCUGCAGCAAGGUUGGGGAAAAUCAGGAAAACCAGGUCAUCUGUUUGCAGUGUCAGGACGAGGUGGUGCGGGUUUGUCCGGGGAGUCCGCGCAGUCCUCGCCGCGCCAUCGCGACGCGCCUCUCCUCUGGAUCCGCAGACCGUGAGCCCAGUAGUAGCAGCUACAAUGUCUCUUCAGGAACCUUCUACAGCUGUGUCAGUCAAAUCACCAUUGGGUUUGAUCUCGGUGGUCAAGUGGCCAUCGGGUUCUCCCACUGGAAGAGUCCUUUCCCAGAGAGCGGUCAGAAUCUUCCUAGUCCGGGCUGCGUUCGUUCAGAGGCCUCCGCCGUCCCGCCCAUCAGUGAGCAUCUCGAGCCGGUGUCCUGCCCGGCGUCGCUGUCGAUCACCCCGCUGCCCACCUGCAGCGUGAGUCAGGAGACACUCUGUGACAGCAGCACAAGUGUGAGUUUAUCUCUACAUGGGUCUGAGCCCCAGCGCCGGAGCCCCCACCGACGCAGAGUCCCGCUGCAGCCCUUGGCCUCCGGCUACCAGGCAGCGGACAGACCUCUUGCCUUCCCCACCUGUGGGGAGGCAGAAAUCAUGGAGGAAUCCUCAGCUGAAGCCCCGGACUCCAGCACUCAGGACGACGUGCCUCCCCUCGCCGUGAAGGAUGUUAAUGUGCAGCUCGAGAGGGAAAGGUCAGAGGGCAUCAGCAGCCCAUCCAGAGAUGAUGACUCCACCCUGCUGAACCCGGCCACCCACAGCAGCAUCCUUGACGACAACACAAAGUCUGAUUCUGGUCCCCCAGAGGGGAGGACGAAGUCCUGCGGCCUUUGCUUCAGCGAUGGAAAGAGCCGCAUUGACUACAUCCUGGUGUACAGGAAGUCCAGCUCACAGUCAGAGAAGAGGGAGGUAUUUGAGCGGAAUAUCCGUGCUGAGGGCUUACAAAUGGAAAAAGAGGCUUCCUUAACAAACAGUGACGUGAUCUUUCUGAAGCUUCAUGCACCAUGGGAUGUGCUCUGUCGCUACGCUGAACUCAUGAACAUUCGCAUGCCUUUUAGGAGGAAAAUCUUUUACAUGCACCGACGGCACAAGUUCAUGAGCAGGAUGGAGAAGCGCAUCAACAAAUUUCGUGGCUGGCUUCCCCGCAAGCCCAUGAAGUUUGACAACGACACUCUGCCGGACCUGGAGGAGAACGAGAGCUUUACCGCCCCCUUCAGUCGAUCAAGAAUACAUCAUUUCAUCAUCCACAACAAAGACACUUUUUUCAACAAUGCCACCAGAAGUCGCAUCGUCCACCACAUCCUCCAGCGGGUCAAAUAUGAGGAGGGUAAAAAUAAGAUGGGGCUUAAUCGUCUUUUGAGCAAUAAUUCAUAUGAAGCAGCUUUCCCCCUUCAUGAGGGGAGCUAUCAUAGCAAAAACUCCAUCAGAACACAUGGAGCAGAGAACCAUCGGCACCUGCUCUAUGAGUGUUGGGCCUGGUGGGGUGUUUGGUACAAGUACCAACCACUGGACCUCAUCAGGAGGUACUUUGGGGAGAAGAUCGGCCUGUACUUCGCCUGGCUCGGCUGGUACACAGGGAUGCUGUUUCCUGCUGCUCUGGUUGGUCUCCUGGUAUUCCUGUACGGAGUCUUCACUUUGGACCACUGCCAGGUCAGUAAAGAAAUCUGCCAGGCCACUGACAUCAUCAUGUGCCCCAUCUGUGACCAGUACUGCCCCUACCUGAGACUGUCUGACAGCUGCAUCUACGCCAAGGUCACCCAUCUCUUCGACAAUGGUGCAACGGUUUUCUUCGCUGUAUUCAUGGCUGUUUGGGCAACGGUCUUCCUGGAGUUCUGGAAAAGACGCAGAGCUGUCCUCGCAUACGACUGGGACCUCAUUGACUGGGAGGAAGAGGAGAGAAAUUUUCCACUCAAACAAUCACAGUAUUCCUGCCUUCACAGCAGCGCUGCCCUUGAGAGAUCUAUGCCUACUCAUGCCUUUUUUCAGCCUAUGUCAGUCUGGCAUAUAUUUAAAAAGGAUGAAAUCCGCCCCCAGUUUGAGGCCAAAUACUCCAAGAAGGAGAGGAUGAACCCCAUAUCUGGAAAGCCAGAGCCUUACCAAGCCUUCACAGACAAAUACAGUCGCCUCAUCGUCUCAGCAUCUGGGAUCUUCUUCAUGAUACUGGUGGUGAUUGCCGCUGUGUUUGGCAUCGUCAUUUACCGUGUGAUCACCGUCAGCACCUUCGCCGCCUUCGGCUGGGCUCUCAUCAGGAACAACUCUCAGGUGGCGACCACGGGCACGGCAGUCUGCAUCAACUUCUGCAUCAUCAUGCUGCUCAACGUGCUCUAUGAAAAAGUUGCUCUUCUUCUCACUAAUCUAGAGCAGCCAAGGACAGAGUCAGAGUGGGAGAACAGUUUUACUUUCAAGAUGUUCCUUUUUCAGUUUGUUAACCUCAACAGUUCAACUUUCUACAUCGCCUUCUUUCUGGGAAGGUUACAGCAGCAGCUAAAGGACUCAUUUUGUUUUGGUGGUGAUCCUGUCAAAGUCAAGAUGAGUAGUGACACAAAGAAUACAGCAUACAGCAGAUUUACAGGCCGGCCUGGUGCAUAUCUACGCCUCAUCAAUCGCUGGAAACUGGAAGAAUGCCACCCCAGUGGCUGUCUCAUUGACCUCUGUAUGCAGAUGGGGAUCAUCAUGGUGCUAAAACAGACCUGGAACAACUUUAUGGAGCUUGGCUACCCGCUGAUCCAGAACUGGUGGACGCGGCGGAGGCUGAGGAGAGAGCACGGACAGAAUGCCAAGGCCAGCUUCCCUCAGUGGGAGAGGGAUUACAACCUGCAGCCAAUGAAUGCCUACGGACUCUUCGAUGAAUACUUGGAGAUGAUUUUACAGUUCGGCUUCACCACCAUCUUUGUGGCAGCCUUCCCUCUGGCCCCUCUCUUAGCUCUGCUCAACAACAUCAUUGAGAUUCGCUUAGACGCCUACAAGUUUGUUACACAGUGGCGGCGACCUCUGCCAUCACAAGCCAAAGACAUAGGGAUCUGGUAUGGCAUUCUGGAAGGCAUUGGCAUCUUGUCUGUCAUCACCAACGCCUUUGUCAUCGCUGUUACCUCAGACUUCAUCCCUCGCCUUGUUUAUGCCUACAAGUAUGGACCCUGUGCUGGUCAGGGCCGAGCAGGGGAGGGGUGUAUGAUGGGUUACGUCAACGCCAGUCUCUCAGUAUUCCGGGUGUCUGACUUUGAGAGGAGAUCGCAGCCCAGGACUAAUGGCUCUGAGCUUUUUGGAGAAGCUGUCAAGUAUUGCAGGUAUCGUGACUACAGGGAGCCUCCAGAUUCUGCUGAGCCCUACUCAUACACUCUGCAGUUCUGGCACGUCCUAGCAGCUCGACUGGCAUUCAUUAUUGUUUUUGAGCACAUGGUCUUUGCCAUCAAGACCCUGAUCGCGUACCUGAUCCCAGACCUUCCCAAGGACCUACGGGACCGUAUGCGCAGGGAGAAAUACCUGAUCCAGGAGAUGAUGUAUGAGGCUGAGCUGGAGAGACUGCAGAAAGAGAAAAAUGAGAAGAAGAAGAAAGACAGGGCCCAUCAUAAGGAAUGGCCCUGAACGCACCACCUGGUUGUCAACUGCACAGUAAAGGAAAGAGAAGAUUGCUGGGUUUCUUGCAUGAUACUGGACCCUCAUACGUUCCUCCUACCAUGUCAGACCAGCACCUCCAAGUGGACAGUUGAGUAACUGCACCCCAUAGGGUCACACAACGAUCACGGAUUUCCUCCAGCCUGCACCAUAUCAAAUGUCCUCUUGAACAUUUGGCCGCAGGUUUUGCUACCUUUUUUUUCUCCAGAUAGUUUCGCCACUUUGGACUCUCAACAGCGUAUGUCUUCAGAUCCUGAAUGUAGAUUUCAAGCAAAUUUUACAAAUUUCUUGUUUUAGAUGAGAGAAAAUGACUCUCCUGAGCUUACUGAAUGACAAACCCUGUUUACAUUUCUCCUUGUUUGAGGAGUUCACAUUUUGCUUUAUUGUAAAUAAAGAUAUUUAAAUGAAUGUCAGGCCUUCUACUCUGCUAUAGUGUAGUGCAAUAAAAGUAAAAGUUACUUAAAAAUCUGUUCGAGCUGUGGCAGUGUCCACAGUUUGCUUACAUUGGAGAUGCUUUCCAUUUGAAUUUAGAUUGAUAACUGCAGUAAUAAACAUUAUUUAUUGUA